CACAGCACUCCAUAGUGCUUCCUUCAUAUUGUUUCCCCCAUUUUCAGUUUCAGAAACCUUUUCUAGUUCUUACCCAUGAACGACCUCAGUUUCCAUAUAUUACUUCAAGUUCUGAGCUUUCAUUCUGAAUCUUCUUCAUCAAUGCUCAGAUGAAAAAACUCUUGUUCUCACAAAACAGAGCAAGAAAAAGGUAGAAGAAUCAGAAAUCAAGAUAAUCAUUGUUGAUCAGUAUGGCUGCAGAAAUUUUGAGUGCAGAGGAUGUUGUGAGGUCAAUGAGUGAAGGAAGGAAGAGGUCGAAAUCUGGAAGGACAUCUUCGAGUCUGUUUGACCUGAUGGGGAGACCAGAAAAUGUGUUUCAGAGAAGCAGGAAGGAGGAUGAUGAUGAAGAAGAACUCAAGUGGGCAUCAAUAGAGAGACUCCCCACAUAUGAUAGGAUGAAGAAAGGGAUUCUCAAGCAAGUUCUUGACAAUGGAAGAAUUAACUAUGAAGAAGUUGACAUUACCAAGCUUGGCAUGCAGGAGAAGAAGAUUCUCUUGGAAAGUAUACUGAAGACUGUCGAUGAAGACAACGAGAAGUUCCUCCAUAGAUUAAGGGACAGAAUUGAUAGGGUUUCAAUUGAGGUUCCCAAGAUUGAAGUCAGAUUUGAGAAUCUAUCAGUAGAAGGAGAUGCAUAUCUUGGUACAAGGGCAUUGCCAACACUGCUGAAUUCUACUAUGAAUGCGGUAGAGGGAUUUCUGGGAUCAAUCAAAGUUUUCCCAUCUAAGAAAAGGGUUGUGAAGAUUCUGAAAGAUGUCAGUGGAAUUGUAAGACCAUCAAGAAUGACUUUACUUCUAGGGCCUCCAGGAUCAGGGAAAACCACGUUGCUUCAAGCACUUGCGGCAAAGCUGGGCAAAGAUAUAAGGGUCUCUGGAAGAGUUACUUAUUGUGGUCAUGAGUUAUCAGAAUUUGUUCCAGAAAGAACAUGUGCUUACAUUAGCCAACAUGAUCUUCAUCAUGGAGAGAUGACGGUGAGAGAGACCUUGGACUUCUCAGGACGUUGCUUGGGGGUUGGAACAAGGUAUGAUCUUCUAUCAGAAUUAUCAAGGAGAGAAAGAGAGGCCGGAAUCAAACCAGACCCCGAGAUAGAUGCUUUCAUGAAAGCCACAGCAAUGGCAGGUCAAGAAACGAGCCUUAUCACAGAUUAUAUUCUCAAGAUUCUUGGACUGGAAAUAUGUGCUGAUAUUUUGGUGGGAGAUGAGAUGAGAAGGGGCAUAUCAGGUGGACAAAAGAAGCGUUUAACUACUGGUGAGAUGCUGGUUGGACCAGCAAAAGCUCUUUUCAUGGAUGAAAUUUCAACUGGUUUAGAUAGUUCCACAACCUACCAAAUUGUUAGGUUCUUGAGACAGAUGGUCCAUAUCAUGGAUGUUACUAUGAUAGUCUCUCUUCUGCAACCUGCACCAGAAACCUUUGACCUCUUUGAUGACAUAAUCUUACUUUCUGAAGGCCAAAUAGUCUAUCAAGGCCCACGUGAGAACAUUCUGGAUUUCUUCCACAGUGUUGGCUUCAAAUGCCCAGAAAGAAAAGGAGCUGCAGAUUUCUUACAAGAAGUUACUUCAAGAAAAGAUCAGCAACAAUACUGGUUUAGAAGGGACAUACCUUACCAGUAUAUUAGUGUGCCUGAGUUUGUAAAUCACUUCAAAAGCUAUACCAUUGGUAAAAGGCUUUAUCAUGAACUUGAAGCUCCUUUUGAUCGUACAAAAACCCAUCGAGCUGCAUUAGUGAAAGAAAAAUAUGGGAUCUCUCAAGUGGAACUCUUUAAGGCAUGCUUUUCAAGGGAGUGGCUAUUGAUGAAGAGAAACUCUUUUAUAUACAUAUUUAAGACUUCUCAGAUUAUAAUAAUGUCUCUGAUAACCAUGACAGUGUUUCUGAGAACAGAAAUGAAGCAUGGACAUAUGGAAGAUGGAGGCAAAUAUUUGGGUGCCUUGUUCUUCAGUCUUAUCAAUGUGAUGUUCAAUGGAAUGGCGGAACUUGCAAUGACUAUUAUGAGACUCCCAAUUUUCUUCAAGCAAAGAGACUUCAUGUUUUAUCCAGCUUGGGCUUUUGCUUUGCCUAUUUGGGUCCUUAGGAUUCCCCUCUCUUUGAUGGAAUCAGGAUUAUGGAUCAUUCUUACUUAUUAUACCAUAGGCUUUGCUCCAGCAGCUAGUAGGUUUUUCCGUCAAUUAUUGGCAUUCUUCAGUGUGCAUCAAAUGGCCCUCUCUCUCUUUCGCUUCAUUGCCGCCAUUGGAAGAACACAAGUUGUGGCAAAUACACUUGGCACCUUCACAUUACUAAUUGUUUUUGUCCUUGGUGGAUUCAUUGUUUCUAGAGAUGACCUUGAACCAUGGAUGAUAUGGGGAUAUUAUAUUUCUCCUAUGAUGUAUGGACAAAAUGCCAUAGCCAUCAAUGAGUUUCUAGACAAAAGAUGGGGCAAUCCCAAUAAUGACACAAGAAUUUCAGAGCCUACAGUUGGGAAGGCUCUUCUCAAGUCAAGAGGCUUGUUCACAGAAGAGUCUUGGUACUGGAUAUCUGUUGGUGCCCUCCUAGGCUUUUCCUUACUUUUCAACAUAUUAUUCAUUCUGGCUUUGACAUAUUUAAACCCUUUGGGAAAUUCUAAAUCUAUCAUUUUGGAAGAAGAAGACAACAAUGCAAGCAUGAAUUCUUCAUCCCCCAAGGAAAAAAAAGUUGCAACAAAAGCUGCCAAAUUUGAAGAUCUUUACACUCCUAAAGCAACAGAUAGUAAUGCAAGAACCAAGAAGGGGAUGGUGCUGCCAUUCCAACCCCUGUCUCUGGCUUUUAGUCAUGUCAAUUACUACAUCAAUAUGCCACGUGAAAUGAAAAAACAAGGAAUUGAGGAGACUAGGCUGCAACUAUUAAGAGAUACAAGUGGUGCUUUCAGGCCUGGAGUUCUGACAGCAUUAGUUGGUGUGAGUGGUGCUGGAAAAACUACCUUAAUGGAUGUGCUUGCAGGUAGAAAAACUGGCGGAUAUAUUGAAGGAAACAUCACCAUAUCUGGUUACCUGAAGAACCAAGCGACUUUUGCUCGGAUUAGUGGUUACUGUGAACAAAAUGACAUUCAUUCUCCAAAUGUUACAGUCUAUGAAUCUCUUGCUUUUUCUGCUUGGCUGCGCCUUGGUAAAGAAGUUGAAAAAGAAACAAGAAAGAUGUUUAUUGAGGAAGUUAUGGAGCUCGUGGAAUUACAACCAAUAAGGAAUUUUCUAGUAGGCCUUCCAGGAAUAGAUGGCUUAUCAACUGAGCAGAGGAAGAGACUAACAAUAGCAGUAGAAUUGGUUGCCAAUCCUUCCAUUAUCUUCAUGGAUGAACCAACAUCAGGUUUGGAUGCUCGGGCUGCAGCGAUUGUCAUGCGUACAGUUAGAAAUACAGUUGAUACCGGACGAACUGUCGUCUGCACAAUUCAUCAGCCAAGUAUUGACAUAUUUGAAGCUUUUGAUGAGCUACUUUUAAUGAAGAGAGGAGGUCAGAUCAUAUAUGGUGGACCUCUUGGUCAACAUUCUCAGAACCUUAUAGAGUACUUUGAAGCCAUUCCAGGAGUUCCUAAGAUUAGAGAUGGGCAUAAUCCUGCCACGUGGAUGUUGGAGAUAAGUACUCCGGCAGCUGAGUCUCAACUUGAUGUAGACUUUGCUGAAUUAUACACAAAAUCAGAAUUAUAUCACAAGAAUGAAGAACUUAUUAAGGAGCUAAGCACACAAGUGCCUGGAACUAAGGACCUUUACUUCCCAACAAAAUACUCCCAGUCCUUCAUCACUCAAUGCAAAGCUUGCUUCUGGAAACAGUACUGGUCUUACUGGAGAAAUCCACAGUAUAAUGUUGUCAGGUUCUUCAUGACAAUAAUUGUUGGUGUCAUGUUUGGCCUUAUAUUUUGGAAUAAAGGAGACAAAACACAUAAGCAACAAGAUCUUCUGAAUCUGUUGGGAGCUAUGUAUUCAGCUGUUAUUUUCCUUGGAGCCACUAACACCAACUCUGUACAGCCAGUUGUUGCAAUAGAGAGAACUGUCUUCUAUCGCGAAAGAGCAGCCGGAAUGUAUUCAGAAUUGCCUUAUGCAAUAGCUCAGGUAGCAAUAGAGAUAAUUUAUGUUGCCAUCCAAACCUUAGCUUAUUCUGCUAUCCUCUACUCAAUGAUCGGGUUCCAACCUCAGGCAGACAAGUUCUUGUGGUUCUACUAUUUUAUUUUCACAUGCUUUGUCUACUUCACUCUGUAUGGCAUGAUGACCGUAGCUCUCACACCAAACCACCAAAUUGCUGCAAUUGUUAUGUCAUUCUUCAUCAGUUUCUGGAACCUCUUCUCUGGAUUUCUCAUCCCAAGAACGCAAAUACCAAUAUGGUGGAGAUGGUAUUACUGGGCAUCCCCAGUGGCUUGGACUAUAUAUGGGCUUGUGACUUCCCAAGUGGGAGACAGAGAGUCUUUAGUAGAGAUACCCGGAGGAAAACCCAUAUCAGUUAAAGCAUAUCUUGAGAAGCAAAUGGGGUUUAAGUAUGACUUCCUCGGUCAAGUUGCUGUGGUUCAUGUUGCUUUUGUUGUUAUCUUCCUCUUAGUGUUUGCCUAUGGCAUCAGGUUCCUCAAUUUCCAGAAAAGAUAAAAAGCAUCAUUCACAUAUAGCAAUGAACAUAUAUCAAAGUGUUUACGGGUUUUUGCAAAGAUUUUUGUUCAGUUUUGAAUUUGAUUCUGUAACAUAUCAUUUUUUUUUUUUGAAAUAAAAGUGAGAUUUUGUGUUA